UUACUAAAUACAAAUGGGACAAACACUCACUCUCUUAUAUUGGUUCAUGUAAUUUAAUUAAGAGUUGUAAUUAAGUUAUGAUUAGGCGCUACAAUUUUGAUGUAUAACUAAAUAAAUCCAAAGCGACUGUUCAUGGAAGGAAGGAGACAGAAUGAUGGAUGUAUAACGUAAUGUAUGGAUGUGGUUCACUCUCCGCCUCACAAUUUCUAUAAAACCGUCCUUUCUUUUUCAAUUUUCACUUCCCAUAACCAAUUUUUUCUUUCGUCGUCGUCGUCGCCGCCGCCGCCGCCGCGGGGAUCUCCCCUGAGGUCGACGUGAUUUCCCAUUCUCUCCAACUACUAAACAAUGGUGGAUCACUGCGCCUUCGGCUGGAUCUUCUCCGCCCUCCUUGCCUUCCCCAUUGCUCUCUCUCUCUUCCUCUCUCCUUGGAGGAAUCGCCGAGUUCGGGGAACCGAUUCCACGCCGAGGAGCGCUAGUGUCAGCAGCUCUGCAACCACCAACGGAGAAUGUAGAUCCGUCGACGGCGACGCCGACGUCGUCAUCGUUGGAGCCGGUGUUGCCGGUUCCGCUCUUGCUCACACUCUUGGCAAGGAUGGUCGUCGAGUUCACGUGAUUGAAAGAGACUUGACAGAGCCUGAUAGGAUCGUUGGUGAAUUAUUGCAGCCUGGUGGCUAUCUCAAAUUGAUUGAGUUAGGACUGCAAGAUUGCGUUGAGGAAAUUGAUGCACAGAAGGUGUAUGGCUAUGCCCUUUUCAAAGAUGGAAAGAAUACUCGACUUUCUUACCCAUUGGAAAAUUUUCACUCUGAUGUAUCUGGAAGAAGCUUCCACAAUGGACGCUUCAUACAGAGAAUGAGGGAGAAGGCUGCUUCUCUUCCCAAUGUGAGAUUGGAGCAAGGGACAGUUACUUCGUUGCUGGAAGAAAAGGGAACGAUCACAGGUGUGCAGUAUAAGUCCAAAAAUGGUGAACAAAAAACAGCAUAUGCCCCUCUGACCAUUGUUUGCGACGGUUGCUUCUCAAAUUUGCGCCGCUCUCUUUGCACCCCAAUGGUUGAUGUUCCAUCUUAUUUUGUGGGAUUGGUUCUGGAGAAUUGUCAACUUCCUUAUGCAAAUCUUGGGCAUGUUGUUCUUGGAGAUCCUUCUCCUAUUUUGUUCUAUCCCAUUAGCAGCACUGAGAUCCGUUGUCUGGUUGAUGUUCCUGGUCAGAAGGUUCCUUCUAUAUCAAACGGUGAAAUGGAAAAGUAUUUGAAGACCGUAGUCGCUCCUCAGGUUCCUCCGCAAAUCCACGAUGCAUUUAUAGCUGCUAUUGAGAAGGGUAAUAUAAGGACAAUGCCAAAUAGAAGCAUGCCUGCCGCUCCCCAGCCGACACCCGGUGCCUUACUGAUGGGUGAUGCAUUCAACAUGCGUCAUCCUCUCACCGGUGGAGGAAUGACAGUAGCUUUGUCCGAUAUUGUUGUGCUCAGGAACCUCCUCAAGCCAUUAAAAGACUUGAAUGAUGCACCGACUCUCUGCAAAUAUCUAGAAUCCUUUUACACUCUUAGAAAGCCUGUGGCUUCUACAAUCAACACAUUGGCAGGGGCAUUAUACAAGGUGUUUUGUGCAUCGCCAGAUCAAGCCAGGAAGGAGAUGAGACAAGCUUGCUUUGAUUAUUUGAGCCUUGGAGGAAUAUUCUCAAAUGGGCCUGUCUCCUUGCUUUCGGGAUUGAAUCCUCGCCCAUUGAGUCUCGUUCUCCAUUUCUUUGCGGUUGCAAUAUACGGAGUUGGUCGCUUACUGCUUCCAUUUCCUUCUCUAAAAGGCAUCUGGAUUGGAGCAAGAUUGGUCUACAGCGCAUCAGGAAUCAUAUUUCCAAUAAUAAAGGCGGAAGGAGUUAGGCAAAUGUUCUUCCCAGCAACUGUUCCUGCUUAUUACAGAACCCCACCAGUUCUUAACUCAUAGCAUCAGAGGGAUGGGAUACACAAAGGAAGGAUCAAGUUGGGCACUGUUUAUAUCAUAAUUCAGGAGGAAGAAGAGGCAUAGCAUGGAAGAGAAGGUCUUUUUUCUUUUUUUUUUUUGUUAGAUUUUCGUUCUAAUUGUGGAUUAAUAAAACUGUGUACUUGUGAUCUGGAGUCGGGAGUGUAAAUAUUACUUCAUUUCUUUCAACAGCCCCCAAACAUUAAUGUAUUGUCGAAUUGCUUGAGAACACUUUAGUAGUGGGAGUAAACAGACUUCUCUUUGUUUA